GGUGGUUUGCAGAACUUUUCUGCUUACCAGUUCCCUAAAAUACAUUUUUAUUUUUUUUUAUAUUGGCAUUGUUUUUUUUGUUUUCUGUUUUUUUAUACUGAAUUCUGGGGUCCAUCAGAGCACAGCUUGAGCGCGGAAUGGCUGAACUGGUUCGAAUCCGUAAGAAAAAGCUCCAGAUACCCAUCUCUAGGCUGAGGAGCAUGCUGAAGCAGCUAGACGAGAAAGAUGUUGAUUUUGAAGAAAUCAAAAAGAACCUGGAAUACACAGCAUCGUUACUAGAGGCAGUGUACCUCGAUGGAACAAGGCAGUGUCUGGAGUCUGAAGAUGACCUCCAGCAACUGCAGUCAGACGGGGUGCCGUCAGAGGUCACGGACUGGCUGGCUUCCACUUUCACCCAGAAGAUCCGCCGUCCUACGCGACGCUCUGAUGAGAAGCCUAAGUUUCGCAGCAUUGUGCAUGCGGUGCAAGCUGGGAUAUUUGUGGAGCGGAUGUUCAAGAGGGCCUACACAGCAGCCAUGCCGGACCAACCUGCAGAGGUCGUAAAUUGCCUCAGGGACGUGGACCGUUGGAGCUUUGAUGUGUUUGCUCUGAACUCGGCCAGCUCUGAUCAUGCACUGCGAACUAUGUUCUUUGAGCUGAUCACCAGAUAUGAGCUCAACAGUCGCUUUAAGAUUCCCAUUUCGUGCCUCACAGAAUUUUUGUCUGCGCUGGAGAGAGGAUACUGCAAAUACAACAACCCCUACCACAACCACGUUCACGCUGCUGAUGUAACUCAGACACUGCACUGUCUGCUGCUGCGCUCCGGACUCGUGCACUGGCUGACAGAGCUCGAGGUGAUGGCAUCCCUGUUUGCUGCAGCUAUCCAUGACUAUGAACACACAGGAACUACAAAUAACUUUCACAUCCACACAAAGUCAGAGUUUGCGUUGAUCUACAAUGACCGGUCCGUACAAGAGAGCCAUCACCUGAGUGCAGCAUUCCGCCUACUGCUGGACGACCAAAUGAACAUCUUUAUUAAUUUGACGCGGGAGGAAUGGAUGGAGCUGCGGUCACUUGUUAUAGAGAUGGUGUUGUCCACGGACAUGUCCUCCCACCUGCUCCAAGUCAAAGCGAUGAAAUCCUGUCUACAACAACAAGAACGGAUUGACAAGCCCAAAGCACUGUCUCUGUUACUGCACACGGCUGACAUAAGUCAUCCAUCCAAGCCUUGGGCGCUGCACUCUCGCUGGACCAAAGCCUUGAUGGAGGAGUUUUUCAGGCAGGGUGAUAGAGAGGCAGAGCUCGGCCUCCCCUUCUCUCCACUGUGUGAUCGACAAACCACCCUAGUAGCUGAAUCCCAGAUCGGUUUCAUAGACUUCAUUGUGUAUCCUACAUUUUCUCUGCUGACCGAUAUGGCUGAAAAGAUUGUUAUUCCUUUGGUGGAAGAGAACCCAGGUCCACCAGACCCCUGCAACAGACAUAGUAAUAUUUGGAAGGAGAGCUCCAGAGGUCUGCAGUGGAGCCUCGCACACAUCACAGCUGAGCUGGUGAGCUUCCGCUCUACUUGGACACGACACACCGAAGACAACAAGCUCAAAUGGAAGGAAAGUGGCUCAAAUGGAUUUUCAGACCCCAGCGAGACAAAAGAGCAGCGAUCGAGACAAGAAGUGUUGUCAGAAAAAUCCCUGCAAGACCCCACUACAGAUACAAAAUAGCAGACAGCAGUUCAUUUGUAAAACGUGUUUGCAGAAUAGAAAAAAAGUAACACUUUUGUAACAAAACUCAGAUACCUUUUACUUUAACAACUGAGAGAUCUUCCCAGGGUAAGAUGUAGCGUAAUCAUAGAAACUUCCUCAUGUCUUAUUUUAAAUGUAGCAUACUACAAUAAUUUAAAUACAAAA